AUGGCUGCACUGGAUGAGUUUCGCAAGCGUCGUAUAGCUGAGACCGUCAACCAAAAACUUAAAUUUUUUCAUGCGGAUAUUGCUAAGCUCAGCAGGGCCGUGCUAGGAGUCAUCCAACAAGAAUCUGCGCUAAGUGAGAAGAAAUUUGUGUUUGCAAGUCCACCAACUGCUAGAACAGCACUCGCAAACAAAGAUAACAGUCUUGUGCUGAUCGAACAACUCGCCCAAUGCGUGCCAUAUCUGCACACGCUCUCUGAGACUGUGUUUUCGAACAAAGAUAUCCCGUCUUUCGGUUGCCGCAUGGAGUCCAGUGUCGACAUAUCUCGCGGAAGGAUCAUCGAACUCGUCGCAAGAGUCCCUGUUGAGAACUCGAUGAAGCAGGUUAGCGAUGUCCUAUGGGGAGAUAUCAACAACAUCGGCCAUUCGCCCGACAUAUCAUACCGAUGGAUAAAUGAACGAGGACCUGAUGCCGUGGCCAAGAGCUUCGAUUUAACUGUUCGAUGCCCCAGUGGCACAACGGCGACCCACGGUCUCCAAUACUUGCACAGGUUCGAGGAGAAAGAGCGAAUCGUUCAUAUUCGGCAAUCCAAGUUGUUUUUUCCCAGUAAAGGUUUAGAAGGACUACGAUUAUGUAGUCACGCUUGGACGGUCAUCUCGAAAACAACAACUGAAAAGUGCGAAGUGAAAUUUUACUUGCAACUUUUUGUCGAGCGACAGGAAGGGUUUUCGGCAGUGGAAAAGGACAUCAAGUUCAUUCAGGAAGAUGUGCUGGACACGUGGGCGAUGAAGUUGCGCUCGCAUUGGCAGUGGCAGCAAGAGUUGGUGACGGUGAACACUGCACCUGCGGCGCCACGGUAA